GGCUAGAAAACCGUACCUACCUUCGUAAAUAUAUAAAGGAUGUAUAAAGGAAUUGUACUGUACUGUAGUCAUGCCCUGCCUGUGAUUCUUCUGUCUCUUCCCUGCUGCAGGAUAAUGUCUGAGGGCGGCAGUCGGGGCGACAUGGCAAUGAGGGUGAUCGCGAAAGUCCACAGGCCGGGGGUCACGCCGGAGGAGAUGGCGGCCGGCUACGACGAGUGGUCCGAGAACUACGAGGAGAUGAUGAUCUGGAAAGGCGGGUACCGUGGCCCCGCCAUCACGCUGGAGGAGGCGCUGCGUUGGGUACCCCCGGAGCGGCGAGCUAAGGCCAGGGUGCUGGACGUGGCCGCUGGGACGGGCUGCGUGGGCCGCGAACUCCACCGGGAAGGCUUCAGGCACAUAGACGCUGUGGACCCGUCGGAGGGCAUGAUGAAGCAACGGGAGACUGGCAUCUAUACCAACGACUUCCUGGAGUUUAUCGGCAGCGGACACUCCACCGUGCCCAAAGGUAUUAGUGAUUUGUUUUUUUACAUCAAAGGACACGGCUCAAGUUCAACAAGAGUACAAAAAAAAAAAAAAGUCCGCUACUCGCCGCUCCCAUAAAAGAUUAAAGUAAAGAGUAGCCAAAAGAGAGGUCAAUUUCGAGUGGAGAGGUGUCUUGAUACACUCUUCUUGAAAUAAGUCAAGUCAUAGGCAGGAGGAAAUACAGACGAAGGAAGGUUGUUCCAGAGUUUACCUCUUGCAUAAGGGUUUUGGAUAGUAUAGGGAUGAGCAUGAGUAGAAAGUCGUGUGCAGCGGGGCCGCGGGAGGGAGGGAGGCUGCAGUAAGCAUGUUCAGAAGAGCAGUCAUCAUGAAUAUAUCGAUAGAAGAUAGAAAAAGAGGCAACAUAGCGGCGGAAUUUAAGAGGUAGAAGGUUGUCAGUAAGAGGAGGAGAGCUGAUGAGACGAAGACCCUUAGACUCCACUCUGUCCAGGAGAGCUGUGUGAGUGGAAUUAUUGUUAUUGUUGUUGUUUCAUAUUUAAAGAUUAAUAUACGUAUUUUUCUUAUACAUCUCUCUCUCUCUCUCUCUCUCUCUCUCUCUC